GAGAGAGACAUCGCCGCUGACAGAAAGCCUGGACAAUGUACAGCAGAAUGCCAGCCUGGAGGUACCGGCGUGGGGGGGGCUACUUUAUCAACUACAGCAUGUGCCAGCAACGGUGUGCAGCUUCAAUCGAUCCGCGAUUCUUCGAGCAUUGAACAAGAAGUCCUAUCGAGUAGCUCAUCAUGACCGACCUUGCUACCAAAGAGCUCAAAAAUCCCGUUGAUGUUGCCGAGUAUCUAUUUACAAGGCUUCAUCAGCUUGGAAUCCGGUCAAUUCAUGGUGUCCCAGGCGACUAUAACCUUGUGGCUUUGGAUUACAUUCCAAAAUGCGGUCUCCGUUGGGUAGGAAACUGCAAUGAAUUGAAUGCCGGCUACGCUGCCGACGGAUACGCCCGUAUCAACGGAAUCUCAGCGCUGAUGACAACGUUCGGAGUCGGAGAGCUCUCGGCCCUUAAUGCUGUUGCUGGUGCCUUCUCCGAAUUUGUCCCAAUUGUCCACAUCAUCGGCCAGCCCAGCACGAUUUCCCAAAAGGACGGCAUGCUUCUUCACCAUACUCUGGGAAAUGGGGAUUAUAAUGCUUUUGCCAACAUGAGUGCAAACAUUUCAUGUGCGGUAGCAAAACUAAAUGAUCCCCACCAGGCAGCCACCUACAUUGACAGCGCAUUGCGCGAAUGCUGGAUUCGCAGCCGCCCUGUUUACAUUGCUCUGCCAACGGAUCUUGUUCAGAAGAAGGUGGAUGGAGAACGCCUAAAAACUCCAAUUGAUUUAAGCCCACCAGCAAACGAAGAAGAAAAGGAAGAAUAUGUGGUAGAUGUGGUUCUAAAGUACCUUCAUGCUGCAAAGAACCCAGUAAUUCUUGUGGAUGCAUGUGCCAUUCGUCAUCGUGUCCUAGAUGAGGUCCAUGAUUUCGUCAAGAAAUCCGGACUGCCUACAUUUGUUGCACCAAUGGGGAAGGGUGCUGUUGACGAAACUCUUCCCAAUUACGGUGGCGUGUACGCCGGCGAUGGAUCCAACGCAGGUGUCAAGGACCGGGUCGAAUCUUCGGAUUUGAUUCUUAGUAUUGGCGCUAUCAAAUCCGAUUUUAACACGACCGGGUUCACAUAUCGCAUUGGACGUAUGAACACGAUUGACUUCCACAGUAAUUAUGUCGCCGUGCGUUAUUCGGAGUAUCCGGGAGUAGGAAUGAAGGGCGUCCUUCGCAAGGUGGUGCAACGUAUGGGCAAAGUGAACGUUGCUCCUGGCCCCAAAGUCAUAAACGAACCUCAUGAAGACCCCAGCGCGUCGAACCCUGCCAUUACCCAUGAGUGGUUCUGGCCAAUAGUCGGGAAAUGGCUGCAGGAGAACGACAUCGUCAUUACCGAAACUGGCACCGCCAAUUUCGGUAUCUGGGAGACCAGGUUCCCGAAGGGUGUUACUGCCGUAAGCCAGGUCCUCUGGGGCAGUAUCGGAUAUUCACUUGGUGCUUGCCAGGGUGCUGCCCUUGCAACACAGGAAGGUCUAAAGCGGCGCACCAUCCUAUUUAUCGGUGAUGGAAGCUUUCAAAUGACUGGUCAGGAAUUGAGCACCAUGAUCAGGAGAAAGCUAACACCUAUAAUAUUUGUGAUAUGCAAUGAAGGUUAUACGAUUGAACGAUAUAUCCACGGUUGGGAAAGUUCAUACAACGAUAUCCAAGAGUGGAAGUUCAAGGACUUAGUGCCCGCCUUUGGAGCUAAACCCGAGAAUUACAGGACAUACCAGAUUCGAACGAAGCAAGAAGUGCUCGACCUAUUCGCGAACAAAGAGUUCGCUGCCGCUGAAGUGUUGCAGCUUGUUGAAUUGUAUAUGCCCCUAGAGGAUGCACCUGCUGCAUUGAGGCUGACGGCAGAGGCGUCUGCGAGGAGGAACGCAGAGUAAAAAGAGCAGUUUUUUUUACAAAUUUCGGCGUCGAGACGAAUAUUGUCAACGGUAAAAUCUCCUAAUUGUUCUUUAGGCACAAGGAAAUUGCAGUCCGUCGAUGGACGUGCCUGAUACAUAGCUGAAACAAGUACCGUACAUCGAAGUUGAGGCAUAGUUCCUAACAAGCGGAACACCUUUCUCUCUCUAC